AUGCGGAGUUAUACUCGCCAUAUCCUCCUGGCUUUAGCUCUAUGCGGCGUUGGACAGGCCAGAGUACUCCCAAGAGGACGAGAAGUCGUUCGAUUUCGCGUCCCUACCGAAGUUGUUGCCGACUCAUUGCACAAUGUCCGUGUUGAGUUCCUUGACGACACCUGGGAGGGUGAGUUACAGUUCGUAUAUGGAGACUGCGGGCUUGCCAGUACGGCAGAGAGCCAUCAUGAAAUCGGCAGCAUUUUCGUGAAACGUGAGGCCUACCCUGAACGGUUUGUGUGGAUAACUCCGCAUGAUGCUCCUCACUCCCAUUGCCUCCACGCAUUCUCUGGUUCCUCUCUGGUGGGCAGGUCUGAACCGGUGAAUGUGGCUGCCCCCAUCACCCGACGGGAGGCAAUCGCCGACGUCGCUGAUGCCAUGGGCCCCUGGUUCGAUGGCGUGGCAUACAUGAAGGCCAAAGAGCCGGGCAAGGCUGUGGUUGCAAAGGCCAAGAAGUCAUCCGUCGCUAUCGUUGGCGGUGGGAUGUCAGGCUUGAUGACGAGUUUGCUGCUCGAGUCAGUGGGGAUGCACAACUGGCACAUUUACGAGUCCUCCGAGCGGAUCGGAGGUCGUAUUCGUACGAAAUACUUGAACAACUCGCGCCCAGAUCAGUACCAAUACCAGGAGAUGGGACCCAUGCGGUUCCCCGUCAGCAUCACAUACGCCGAAAAGAACGAGACACUCCAAAUCCAGGACCACCGGAUGGUGUUCCAGCUGGCGGACACCCUCAACAAGAUGAACCCCGAUCGGCCAGAUCUGCAAGUCAACUUUAUCGAGUUCAUCCAGAACAGCCCCAAUGUUCCCACGUCGACCGGUGGGAAGAGGCUUGCCGAUGGCCGUGUCCCGACUGUCGCUCAGGUAGAAGCCGAUCCGUCUCUGACGUAUGAGGCUCCCUCUUCCAACGCGACGGCCGUGGCAGACGCCGAGGAGGCCUUUGAAAACUACAGCAAGGUGGACGACGAGGAUCAAAUGAAGAAGGUCGCCACAAACAUGUACCGCGCUCACAAGGCUGCGGUUGAGGACGGUCUUUUCCACUGGUCCGAGGCCGGAUACCUACGGUAUGCCCUGGGAUACAACGCCAACAUCACCGAUUAUGUUGCCGGAUCCGACAACACCCCCAUCUGGGGCUCUAUCUACGACGGCGUGUACUUCUCAGCAACGAAAUGGCGCACAAUCGACAAGGGUCUGGAGUCACUGCCCCGUGCUUUCUGGCCCCACGUUUCUGACAAGACGACGCUGGGACGCAAGGUCUCAGGACUGUCCUACAACGAAGACAGUGGAAAGAUUGCAGUGAACUGGCGCGAUGAUCCGAUGCAGCUUGUUCCCGAGAGCAAGGAGUACGAUUACGCCGUUGUCGCCACGCCCUUCAGCAAGGUCCGGUUAUGGGACAUGCCGCGGUAUUCGUCGCUUCUCAGCCGCGCCAUCGAUACCCUGAACUAUGAUCAGUCCUGCAAGAUGGCUUUGAUGUACGAGACGCGUUUCUGGGAACACCAGGAGAACCCGAUUUUCGGUGGCUGCGGAUCGGUCGACAGCCCCGGUAUUGGGUCAGUGUGCUAUCCGUCGUUUAACAUGAACGGUACCGGCCCGGGUGUGAUUCUCGCAUCCUAUGUCAGUGGUACGGCUGCGCGGUCAACGGCUGCCUUGAGCACGGAGGACCACAUCGCGCUCGUGCAGCGGGCGAUGAUUGAGGUCCACGGCCAGAUCGCCGAGGAACAGUUCACGGGCAUCUAUGACCGCCAAUGCUGGGAGAUCGAUGAGCACCAGGCUGGUGCCUGGGCUGAUCCUCUUGUGGGCCAGCAGGAACUGUACCUGCCUGCGUACUACCAGACAGAGUUCAAGACCAUAUUCAUUGGGGAGCAUACCAGCUACACCCAUGCCUGGAUCUUCUCUGCCUUGGAUUCUGCCGUGCGUGGAACUACCCAACUUCUGCUUGAUUUGGGGCUGGUGGAUGAGGCUAAGAUGAUUGUGAAGGAGUGGAUGGGACGAUGGAUUCGCGUAUGA